AUGAGUUCUUCCAGUUUCAACACCCUUACUUUUAGUGACUCUGACUAUACUUAUCAGUAUCUUGGACCUAGUAUACAAGGUGUCUCUGUGCAUCAAGGCAACCAACCCGUGCAAAAAUGUACAUUUCAGUGUGUGUGUUGUGCUCGUUUAAGUAUGGGAACCGUGUGUUCCUGUAACCAACCUAAAUCCAAUGAAUCUACCCAAACCAACAACUUUGAGUUUCCACAGGAGACAUUAGAUGCGGACAACAUGUGGAAGAAGGGGACAUUUGAGCAUGGUGUGGUACAGGUCAUCAUAUCCCAGAAAUUCCCCAACUACACCGUUGAUUGCCAGAAAUUAAAGAAAAGAAUUCAAAAGGCGAUGCAGUGGCAGAAAUAUUAUGCGAAAAAAAGAGAAGAAGCACAAAAGAAUCAUGAAUCUGCUUGGAAACUCAUGAAACGGAAGCGACAACAUUCCAACAAGGAAAAUGUGCUGCUUCUCCAAGAUACAGAGGAAAUUGGAGUAGACAACAGAGGUUUUGAGCCCGACAGCGACUCAGACAGUGACAUUCCCCUAGCAAAGCUGACCAAGAAGAAGUCCUUGUAGUUAUGGCAACACGUGCAUUCCCAUGAACAAUUGACUGUGAAUCCGUAGUGCAUAAACUAUUAUUAAUUAACUCUAUAAACAUUUGAUUCUCGGUAUGCUGUUUG